UGUGAAUGCAUCGUGCUGUUAUGCUAUGUCGUGUAGAAGAUCGGCGACACGACCGGCGGCAGUCUCUCUGACAGUUGACAGCGAAAUGACAGUCCGAUGACGUCUGGCGACGCGCCGGUCUGACCAACCUCGCUCCGAGCCGCAGGCCAAACCCGAGCAGAGAUGCAAGGCAUCUGCGAGAACAUUCGCACGGCGAUCGAACACGGACGCACUGACAUUAUCAGAUCACUCCUGGACGCGUGUGAAAAUGGUAAUGCUACGGAGGGUAUCACGAGAGACAAAAUACUGAACCAACCAGUCUUGGAAGAAGGAACUUUCUUGUCAUAUGCUUCAAAGGUCUACUCUACCAAUCAAGCAGACAUUGUGAGAACUCUUCUGAAUUGCGGCGCCGAUCCAGCUGUGCAGAAUGCAGAUGGACAUAAUGCAGUAGAUGUUGCUUCAAGUGAUGCAAUACGACGUAUUUAUAUAGACGAAAUGUUGAGGGCAACAGCUGCUUCUGAAAUAGACAGAGUGGUACAGUUGCUGGAUGCAGGAUUAGAUGUUAAUUCGUGGGACUCACAGGAUAGUAAAAACACACCAUUGCAUUGGGCAGCGUGUUAUGGAAAUAAAGACAUUAUCGCGUGUUUACUUGAUAAAGGAGCUGAUGUGAACGCCGAGAAUGAUUGCGGUGCAACGCCUCUACACGAAGCAGUGAAUCGUGGCGACAUCGCUAUCUGCCAGGAAUUAUUGCAGGCUGGCGCAAAUCCUCUUAUACGGGCUACCAAAGCAACAUUUGCAGGAAAGACGCCGUAUGAGCUAUCUAGAAAGAAACAAUCUCUACAUUGUUUCCUUCAAAGAUUUAUAUCGAAUUUUAUGUUAAACGAAAACGAAACUGUACAUAGUGCCACUAUGUCGUAUCCAGAUACAAACUAUUGCCAAAAGGGUCUCACGUGCAAUAUGAGCCAACUGUCGGUUGAAUCUAAUAAGUCUUUGGAUCCGACGUACGAUGUGCCUUUGCGUGACGCAGGCAAAGAGAGUCCUAGCAAAUCUAUCGCCGAUAAAGGAAGUAUCUAUAACUUGCUAUGGCCGCAGCCAAAAGUUGUCAACGAACUGAAAAAUUUUACGGCCCCAUUUAUAGCUGGAAAGGAGCUUUUUAUAUCAAUAAUACAGGGCAGUGAAUCUGUACAUAAAAUACUAGAUGUUUGGGAGAUCAGUAGAACUCAUCUGCUAGAAUUAGGUCACGAUGUAAAGAUCGGCGAGGUGCAACCUAGUUGUGGCAAACUGCUCAAUGACAAUACAAUUGAAUGCAUCGUAAAUAGGAAUUUAUUUAACAUCGCAGAUAGCUAUCAAUUGCAUAUUACACAUAAUUCCAUCAAAGUGAGCGCUGGAAGUCUAGCGGGACUGCAUUACGCGGUUUGCACAUUCGUGCAAAUUCUACGUCUGAGCAAAAAUCAGAGUAGGUCGGAAGUGUGUGAGAUAGAGCCUGUCUUCAUUAAAGACGAACCGAGAUUUGCGCAUCGCGGUAUAUUGUUAGACAUCUCGCCUAGAGGACGUGUACCGACUUUGGAAUAUCUUUUACAAAUUAUCGACCUACUCUCAUCGUUUAAGAUCUCGCAUUUGCAUCUCUAUUCCAGGCUCGUACAAAAUUGCGAUUGGCAGCUUUGUUAUUCUAAAUCCGAGAUGGUGACUCUAGACAGAUAUUGCAGAGAUCGCCAUUUAGACAUAGUUCCAACGUUGGACGUCGAUUCUAAUGUCAGCCAACAUCAUCUCAUGCAUAUGUGGCCUAUCUUUCAAGACUUGCUCGCAGUAUUUCCUAGCUUAAAUUAUGUUCACGUAGGCCCGCGAUUAACCACUUUAUUAGUGCAAGCUGAUAGCUUUGAUUUGAGCGUAUCCGUCAACGAUACGCUCGAAACGGACAUGUCGGAAGUAUUCAAAUCUUAUUCGUGCCUUCAAGAACUCUGGCAUAUACUCAAUUUGAGCUCGAACACGACUCUGCUUUUAUGUUCCAACAGUUUGCAUUCCAAAUCCGAAUUUCAUAAUAUUCCUACUAACAUCGUAUUUGUUGAAUAUGGAUUUCAGGCCGAUUAUGAUUUCUCCGAAUGGACAGAGCCAUUCAGAUUAGCGGGCGGUAAUGUUUUACCAAGCUCGGGCACAGCUAGUUACAAUAGUCUGGCAGGAUGUCCGGCGUCAACGUAUGCGAACACAAGAAAUGCGAUAAAAACCUCUUUGGAGCAAAACUCAAUCGGUAUCGUUGUCGCACAUUGGUCGGGCAGUCAUCAUCUUACACCUCAUCCUUUCGCGUGGAUCGGUUAUUUAAUAGCAGCCGGUUUAGCAUGGAAUCCAACAACGGAAAUAGAUUUAGGACCUGAUGAUAAUUACGACAUCCCUGAAUUGUCUGCAUCAAUUAGAGAAAGAUUUAUCACGAAAUUAUUGGAUAUACACGUGUUUCAAGAUUCUGAAUAUAAAAUCGGCAGUGCGAUACUGGAAUUGGGACGUUUAGACACGUUGGUGUUAACGUUGAGUAAAAAUCAAGCGGUUAAAGAUUUACAACAAAUACCGGAUAAUCGCGGUUCCACAUUAUAUAGACUGCUAACAGAUCCGGACAACGUAAAUUUGGAAUAUCUAUCGGCCGAUCUGUUCGCUAAAAUGACGAAGCAGAUUAAACGAAUAUCCCAUUCCUUGUACGAGGCAAACUUAUCUUCCAAGUUUGCAUCUAUGGAGAUACAGGAAUUGCAAUUAACAUCCGAUCUGAUGCUGACGGCCUGUAAAAUCGGCAGGACAUUGAUUGGAGUCGGUGUGAAUCCGAAUAGUAACAUGGGACUCGCGGUCAUUAAUUUAGGAGUGUGUAAUCUGCCGCCCACCUUUAGAACCGAUGUAGCGAACAAGAUGUUGGCUCAUAUAGAGCAGUAUAAAGGUUCUUGGCUGCAAAGACAUUUUCCGCAGGGACUUCAGGACUCCCUGCUAGUUUUGACUAGUGCGUUGCAUAGGUUUGUGCCGGAGACAUAAUUUUUUUUUUCAACUUUUGUUUUUAAUGAGCAAAAUCUAUAAAACGCAAAUGUCUAAAAGACUUUUACAGGGCAUCUCUUGAACUUUUGUGUUGUUCGAGAAUUUAGUUGAUAAAAGGCUUCAAAUAUACGCGGCAAAUAAAACUCGUAAUACAUGCAGGAUUCCAAGGAUAUAUUUGAAGAAAGACUAUCAAAAGCAAUAUGUACUUUUAGUCUAACAUAUUAUCAUGCUGAUUACUAUUAUAGGAUGAGGCCCAGUUGCGCACAGACCCGAUCGGACACCACCAA